AUGAAGAUGUUGCCAGAUACCAUAGGUACUUUGAUGCAUCUAAAGUACCUUGACCUUUCCUCUAAUGAUAUUAAGGUUCUCCCUAGAUCUAUUACAAAAUUGGUAAAUUUGCAAACAUUAAAGCUUUGUGAGUGUAAAAAGCUUAGGGAGUUACCGGUAGAUAUUCAAAAAUUGGUCAGCCUCAAGCACCUUGACAUAGAUGGUUGUGAGAAUUUGACUCAUAUGCCGUGUGGACUAGAGCAAUUGACUUCUCUUCAAACAUUAACCUUAUUUGUUGUGAGUAAGGAUCUUGUAGGUUCUUCCAAGCAUUGUUGUGGGCUAGCAGAAUUAAACAAGCUAAAUGACUUGAGAGGAAAAUUAGAGAUUAAAAAUUUGGCAUGGUUGAAAGAUGCCACCCCAGAAUUCAAGGCUAUAAAUUUGAAGGAGAAGCAACGUCUCGGUGGGCUGAAAUUAAUGUGGAAUUCAGAGGGUGAUGAUGGUGUAGAUGCCGGUGAUGAUGAAAAUUCUAUGGAUAGCCUCCAACCGCACGAAAGUUUAAAAACUUUGGUAGUGGACGGGUACAUGGGUGUGAGAGUUUCAAGUUGGCUUUCAUUCUUAACAAAUCUCGUUGAUUUAUAUAUAUACGAUUGUAAGAAGUGCCAAUAUUUGCCACCGUUGUAUCAACUCCCAUCUCUCCGACAACUAGGUAUUUGGAGAAUGGAUGGUCUGGAGUACAUGACAGAGGGGGAUAUGAAUGAUGAGAUAUCUGCUUCACUGGCAUCACCAUCAACAUUUUUCCCAUCCCUUCGAACACUCUGGCUAAUGGAUUGUCAUAAUCUAAAGGGAUGGUGGAGGAGUGUGGAUAAGGGGAAUGAGGCAACAACGACAUCAACAAUAUCAUCAUCAUCAUCAUCAUCAUCAACUAAUCACUAUCACCAACACAUGCCGUACUUUCCGCGUCUUGCUUCUUUUUAUUUCCGGGAUUGCCCUAAGAUGACUUGCAUGCCGCUAUUUCCAAAUCUUGAACAGCUUCAAUGGGGGAAUAGCAGUUUGAAGGCAUUGGAAGAGACAAUAGAGAUGAAUAAUAGGGGAGGAAGGGCUUCUUCAUUUCCGUCCUCUUCCUCUUCCUCUUCCCCCUCCUUCUCCCCUCCUCUCUCCAAAUUAAAGGAAUUGCAUUUGUUUGGGAUUGAGGAGUUGGAGUCUCUGCCAGAGGAGUGGUUUAAAAACCUAACUUCUCUUGAGACAUUAGGGAUUUGGGAGUGUCCCAAUCUGACGUCACUUCCCGAAGGGAUGAGUCACCUCACCUCUUUACAGACCCUGAAAAUUAGGGGCUGUCCCCAAUUAAAGCAAAGAUGCGAGAAGGAAAAUGGAGAGGAUUGGGAUAAGAUUUCUCACAUCCCAAAUCUUAAAAUCUCAGAUAGUCUAUUUUGAGAAAAGUUGAACUACUGCAUACGCUUCCCUGAAAGAACAUGACAUGGAUUUCAAAGAGACAGAAAGGAGGGAAGAAGGAAGCAGAUAUUUUGAAGUGCAAAGCAAAUUUUUGAAAGGGUGCUUGCAGGAAACAAGGGACGAUUGGUAAAAACAUCUCACAUCCUAGGUAAAUUUAGCUUUACAGAAGAGAUUACAGUGAAAUCUGCUGGAGUUGCUGCCAUGAAUAUUGUGUCCAAGAAAUUGAAGAAGAAACAUAACAUCACUAGCGUGAAGCUGCAUAAACAUGGGCCGAUGCUAUAAAUGGCUGGGAGUUCCUUGCCAUGCAUUUGAGUGCAAGAUAUGCACAUUAUGUUACAAACAUCCGUAUGGGAGAUCCCGUGGCAUCAGUGUUUUACAGCCUAGUUAAUUGAUGCAAGUUUACCAAUGCACUGCGAAGACCCUCAUGCCCGCCUGCAACAUGUAUAGAUGUGGGGCUUUGCUCUGCUGCCAUUGGAUAAAGACUUUGAUGUGCCUCUUCGUAACACCUUAAGGAAUAGCAUUUGUGAAUAUUCUACUUGUUACAAAUUUCUAGAGAGAUACUAUGUGAAGGUUUGAGAAGUGUGAUUUCCAUGUGCAGUGGUUCCAAGCAGAAACCUUCUGAAAUAGGUUUCAUCAUGGGCAUUGAAUUUGAGAAACAAGACAGUAACAUCAUUUCAAUUUUUCUUGAAUUAUGUAGCUUUGAUGAUUUAAUUGGAUUCAAAAGUUCUGUGGAAGAAGAAUGUCAUGAUAUUGAUGAGGCAAGCUUGUGGUAUGGGAGGAGAAUUGGGUCAAACAUGAUGGAUUUGAAGAGAAGACAGCCCUCAUGACUGCUACCAUGUUUGGAAGCAAGGGUGUAUUGAAUUAUAUACUGGAAACCAGUUGUGUUGAUGUUAACCAAUAACCAGGCUUUUUUGUGGAUUAGGGCAAUUGACUUCUCUUCAAACAUUAAACUUAUUUGUUUUGAGUGAGGGUCCUGUAGGUUCUUCCAAGCAUUGUGGUGGGCUAGCGGAAUUAAACAAGCUAAAUGACUUGAGAGGAAAAUUAGUGAUUAAAAAUUUGGCACGAUUGAAAGAUGCCACCCCAGAAUUCAAGGCUGCAAAUUUGAAGGAGAAGCAACGUCUCAGUGAGUUGAUAUUAAAGUGGAAUUCAGAGGGUGAUGAUGAAAAUUCCAUGGAUAGCCUCCGACCACACGAAAGUUUAAAAUCUUUGAAAGUGGAGGGGUACAUGGGCGUGAGAGUUUCAAGUUGGCUUUCAUUCUUAACAAAUCUCGUUGAUUUAUAUAUAUACGAUUGUAAGAAGUGCCAAUAUUUGCCAUCGUUGUAUCAACUCCCAUCUCUCCGAGAACUAUAUAUUAGAGAUAUGGAUGGUCUGGAGUACAUGACAGACGGGGAUAUGAAUGAUGAGAUAUCUGCUUCACUGGCAUCACCAUCAACAUUUUUCCCAUCCCUUCGAACACUCUGGCUAAUGGAUUGUCAUAAUCUAAAGGGAUGGUGGAGGAGUGUGGAUAAGGGGAAUGAGGCAACAACGACAUCAACAAUAUCAUCAUCAUCAUCAUCAUCAACUAAUCACUAUCACCAACACAUGCCGUACUUUCCGCGUCUUGCUUCUUUUUAUUUCCGGGAUUGCCCUAAGAUGACUUGCAUGCCGCUAUUUCCAAAUCUUGAACAGCUUCAAUGGGGGAAUAGCAGUUUGAAGGCAUUGGAAGAGACAAUAGAGAUGAAUAAUACGGGAGGAAGGGCUUCUUCAUUUCCGUCCUCUUCCUCCUCCUCCUCCUUCUCCCCUCCUCUCUCCAAAUUAAAGCAAUUGUAUCUAACUCUGGACUUGGAGUCUCUGCCAGAGGAGUGGUUUAAAAAUCUAACUUCUCUUGAGAGAUUACAGAUUUUUUCGUGUCCCAAUCUGACGUCACUUCCCGAAAGGAUGAGUCACCUCACCUCUUUACAGACCCUAAGUAUCAGCUAUUGUCCCCAAUUAAAGCAAAGAUGCGAGAAGGAAAAUGGAGAGGAUUGGGAUAAGAUUUCUCACAUCCCAAAUCUUCAUAUAUUGUGAUGAAAAUUUGAACUACUGCAUACGCUUCCCUGAAAGAACAAGAGGAUUUCAAAUGGGAGAAUCACAGAGAUUUAAGCCAAGCUUGAGCAACUCUCUUGCACACGAAAGGACGGAGACGCACACCUUGCUGCUUUAGGGAAGCGCUCAGAGGGAAGAAGACAGCAAGAGGGAAAUCACUGUGAUCGUGGCAUGUACUGUAGGAGAAGAUGGAGACGUCAUUAUGGAUUUAGAGCAAAUGGAUGAGCUAGAAGAAGAAAUAGUUUGAAGCACAAAGCAAACUUUGAAAGGGUGCCAGCAGGAAACAGGGGGCAAUUGGUAAAAAUUGCUCACCUAGAGUUUGGAGGGAAUGAACCUGUCCAUCAGAGUUGGUGCUUAUUCAAAAGUUUAGGGCUCUGUAAUUGUGCAACAAGCCAGCUAUUGAAGCAUGGGUAAUUUUAGCUGUACAUAAGAAAUUACUGUGAAAUCUGCCGGAGCUGCUGCCAUGGAUUGUGUACAAGAAGUUGAAGAAGAAAUAUAACAUCACCAGCAUGAAGCUGCUUAAACUUGGGCUGAUUCUAUAAAUGGCUGGGAGCUACUCCCUAUGCAUUCAAGUGCAAGAUAUGCACAUUAUAUUACAAACAUUGGUUCCACGCAGAAACCUUCUAAUACAAGUUUCAUCGUGGGAGGUGAAUAUAAGAAACAAGACGGUCUGCAACAUCAUUUCAAAGUUUCUUGAAUUAUUGGGCUUUGAUGAUUUAAUUGGUUUCAAAAGUGAUGGGGAAAAAGAAUGUCAUGAUAUUGAUGAGCCAAGCUUGUGGUAUGGGAGGAGGAUUGGGUUCAAAGAUGAUUGGAUUUGCAGAGAAGACAGCCCUCAUGAGUCAUGACUGUAAUCAUGUUUGGAAGCAAGGGUGUGUUGAGUUAUAUACUAGAAACCAGUUGCAUUGAUGUUAACAAGGCUUGUGGUUUGGAUGGGCUUUUGCACUACAUUUUGUUGCUGAUGUGGACAUUGCCAUUUCAACUGAGCUUACUAAGCUCUUGCUUGAUCCUUCUGCACUUCAAUGUCUUGUUGCAUACUGUUGACUAUGUACAGUACACCUUGUUCGUUUUAUUCUUGCUGUUUCUUUGCUCUGUAGUAAUUGUAUUUAAAUAAAUAUAGUGUAAUAGAACAUAUAUAUAUUUGGUGUGGAUGUUGAUUUCUAUAAUCAUGCAUUUUGGAUA